CCACCUCCGACUGUCGAGUCAUGUCAAUUUUAAAAAAAAUUACAAAAUGUUGAUAGUUUCAUUAAUUGUUUUAUCAUAAUACCGUUUGCUGACAAAUAUUCUUAAUAGUGACCUCAUUUUGUAAUUCCCUUAAACCUAAUUCCUAUCUUUCCCUGGAAUACCCAUUGCCUUACCCACCAACUAUAUAAUUUUAAUCUUAGCCGCUCUCAUUGCCUUCUCCAAUCGGUCAUCUCUGAGGCGGAGGUGGUGAUGGCAGAAAGAGGCGGAGGAGAACGUGGCGCUUUCAGGCGUGGCUUUGGCGGAAGAUCCGACCGUGGUCCAAGAGGCAGGCGCCGUGGCCGCAAGGACGAAGAGGAGAAAUGGGUACCCGUUACAAAACUCGGCCGUUUAGUCAAAUCGGGAAAAAUCACAUCCCUCGAACAAAUCUACCUCCACUCACUCCCCAUCAAAGAGUACCAAAUCGUCGACCAACUGGUUGGCCCUUCACUCAAAGACGAGGUCAUGAAAAUCACUCCAGUCCAGAAACAAACGCGCGCAGGCCAGCGCACUCGUUUCAAGGCCUUCGUCGUCGUCGGCGAUGGAAAUGGACACGUUGGGUUGGGGGUGAAAUGUAGCAAAGAAGUUGCGACGGCUAUUAGAGGGGCGAUUAUAUUGGCGAAGUUGUCGGUGAUACCAGUGAGGAGAGGGUACUGGGGGAACAAGAUCGGGAAACCUCAUACGGUGCCGUGUAAGGUCACUGGGAAAUGUGGGUCCGUUACUGUUAGGAUGGUGCCUGCUCCGAGAGGUGCGGGGAUUGUGGCUGCUAGGGUGCCCAAAAAGGUGCUUCAAUUUGCUGGGAUUGAAGAUGUUUUUACUUCUUCCAGGGGUUCUACUAAGACUCUUGGUAACUUUGUCAAGGCCACCUUUGAGUGUCUUCUGAAAACAUACGGUUUCUUGACUCCUGAUUUCUGGAGAGAGACGCGGUUCACAAAGUCUCCUUUCCAGGAGUAUACUGAUCUGUUGGGAAAGCCAGUGAAGUCCCUUGUAAUUGAAGAUGUGGAGAGGUUGGAUGUAUGAUUUAAAUUUAUGAAUCAUUAGUAAGAUUCAGGGCCAUUGGUUUAUGUUAAGAGGAGUCUAUCUUAACGUUUCUUUGCUUGUUGGCUUGUCCUGAGAUAUACAGUAAUUGAUCAUGAACUGCUGUUUUGUUUUUCUCUAUCUGGAUUCUUUAUAACAUUUGUGGUUACAUCA